CACUCAUAUUUUAUGCGCGAAUAAAGUUUGUUGCACAUUAGGGUGAGCCGAAAAUGCCUAUUAGAAAUCUUAACAAAAUAAUAAUAAUUAUGUAUGCUCUCAAUCAAUUAACCUAUAACAAUCUAUUUUUCCAAGUGUAUUCGAUGCAAUACAUUAUGUACCGCGGCGUGAAAUAACAAUGAAACGUGAAGUGUACAAGUAAAAAAUUAGAACGUAAGCGAUUCGCUAAGGUGUUUCUGCGAGAAUUUUUCUGAGAUGUUCAAAAACUUUGCCCUGUUCAUUGCCUUAGCAGCUGUGGGCAUUGGUAUCGGAACAAAAUAUUACCAACUUCAGAGCGUUCCAGAUUUACCGGAACUUGAUUUAGAAAGAUGGUGGGGAGACGGCGACAAACCAAAACAAGAAGACAAGUCUAUAAGACCUUUUAAAAUUGUCUUCAACGAUUCGAUGAUAGAAGAUUUGAAGAGCAGAUUAAAAAACAGACGUCCAUACAUUCGUCCGAUGGAGGGUACGCAAUCCGAAUACGGUAUUAACACAGUAUAUUUGGAAAAUAUAUUAAAGUACUGGCUUAAAGAUUAUAAUUUUAAAGAGAGAGCCGAGCGUUUGAACAGAUUUCCGCAUUUCAAAACUAAAAUACAAGGGCUGGAUAUUCAUUACAUAAGAGUAAAGCCAGAAGCAAAAAAUGUUAAAGUGCUGCCUUUGCUUCUUAUGCACGGAUGGCCGAGUUCGUCCAAGGAAUUUGAUAUGGCAAUACCUAUGCUCACAAAAGCGAGAAGUGGAUACGAUUUCGUUUUCGAAGUUGUUGCCGUUGAUCUUCCGGGCUUUGGAUUUUCGGAGGGCACAAACAAACCGGGCUUAAAUCCUCUACAGAUUGGUAUAAUAAUGAGGAACCUGAUGAAACGGCUCGGUUUCAAUAAAUACUACAUCCAGGCGGGUGAUUGGGGUUCGCAGGCGGGAACACAUUUGGCUACGGUAUUCCAAGACGAAGUAUUAGGAUUCCACACAAAUAUGCCAGUAUCUUCAAGGCCUAUAAGUAAUCUAAAAUACGUCAUUGGUUCGCUCUUCCCUAGUUUUAUUGUCGAAAACAAACACAGACACAGGAUGUAUCCCUUAAAGGACCUAUUUUCGUAUUUAAUGAGGGAAAGUGGUUACUUUCACUUGCAAGCUACGAAACCGGACACAAUAGGUGCUGCAUUAGCAGACACGCCCGCCGGUCUUGCAGCAUACACUCUGGAGAAGAUAGGUAUCUGCAGCAAUAGGGACACGUUGCAAACACCACACGGGGGCUUGGAAGAAAUCAAUAUUGACGAUUUGCUUGACACUGUUACAAUUCUAUGGGCAAACGAACGAAUUACAAUGUCUAUGAGGGUAUACGCAGAGGCCUUCGCAUGGCCGGAAGUCUUUGUUGUUCAUGACAUUCCAACUUAUGUGCCAACGGCUGCUAUAAAUUUUCGAUAUGAAGUGGUAUACCAGCCUGAUUGGAUUCUACGGGACAAAUUCCCCAAUCUAGUACAUUCCACGACCUUGGACUUCGGGGGUCAUUUCGCCGCAAUGCAUACGCCGAAGGAGCUAGUCGAUGACGUUUUUGAAUCUGUGGUCGAAUUUAUAAAAUUCCACUCGAAAAAUUCAAGUAAAUGAGACUUUUUAGGUAUUUAUUUAAUUAUUGGCUGGUUUUCCAUCCCCAACUUAAAAAUUGAGGAAAUUUUUCACAAUUUCUUGCAUUGCAUGCAACAUUGCAGCAGCCUGUACGCGGCAUUAUAUUUAGCAAUUCACAGGGUGCUUUCAGCGCACUUAGACAAUUCCAAAAUAAACGAAAGGAAAUUCGUGACUUACUAGCUUUCUUCUUUGUACUAUUUUAUUUACUUCCUAGUAUGUUUUCAAGUAACGGCUUUAGAAAUGUAACGAGGAAUAUUUGCUUCACUGAUUUUUAUUUUCUACUUACUUUUAAUAUCAAAUCCAGUACUUGAAAGACCUUAUUGUGUACUGAUUUGUCUGUUAUCUUGUCUGUUCUAGGUUUUGUAUUUAUUACAUUUUAGUCAGCUAAGAGACAGUUUGUAUAAACAAUUAAAGGAAUAAGACUUAAAUUAGUUUUAAGCUAAGGAACGAAUAAAUGUUUUUGUUAAAUA